AUGUCUAAGCCAAUGACUGAGGCACUCAAGAAGAUCCAGGCACGCACUGAAGCCCAGAAGGCUGCCUACCUCAAGAAGAAGGAGGAGCUCGUCGCUGCUGCCAAGGCUAACGAAGCCAAGAUCCAGGAGCGCGCUAAGAAGUACGCCGCUGAGUACGUCGCUCAGGUUAAGGCCGAAAUCGAUGCCGAGAACAAGGCCACAGCUGAAGGCGCUUUCUACGUCCCAGCCGAAGCUAAGUUCGCUUUCGUUAUCCGUACAAAGGGUACAAACAAGCUCCACCCACAUGUCCGCAAGAUCCUCCACCUCUUCAGACUCAACCAGAAGCACAACGCUAUCUUCGUUCGCCUUAACAAGGCUACAAUCGAGAUGCUCAAGCGCGUCACACCACAAGUUGCUUUCGGCUACCCAUCUGUUGACAUGGUCCGCAAGCUCAUCUACAGACUCGGCACAGCUUCCCUCAACGGCCAGCGCAUCCCAAUUGUUGACAACCAGAUCAUCAAGGUUGCCCUUGGUCAGUUCGGUAUUGAGUCUGUUGAAGACCUUGCUCACGAAAUCUACACAGUUGGCCCACACUUCGCUGCUGCCAACCGCUUCCUUGCUGUCUUCAAGCUUCAUGCUCCAAAGGGCGGCUACAAGAAGAUCAACCGCGCUUACGUCGAGGGUGGUGACUACGGCAACCGCGAGCACCUCAUCGAUGAGCUUAUCGAGAGAAUGAUCUAA